CACAACGAACGAUUUGACUUGCAGACAGAUCCACGUGUAAAUUCUCUGUUCCGAUUAUUAUUUGGAAUUAGUUACGUUUUAACAAAUAUAUAGGUAUAUAUAUAUGUAUGAAUAUACUUACUGUGAUAGCACGAGGACUUUCGUAUAAUAAACUCGAGCGAAGACCAUGCAGGCACGACGAACGAUUCACAACGUACUUAUUUACGUGAUUCAAACUUCUAGCAACUUGACGACGACAGCCUCUCGAAAGCAGCACAACGAACGAUGUGACUUGCAGACAGAUCCACGCCACGUGUAUACUUCUCUCUGUUCCGAUUAUUAUUUGGAAUUAGUUACGUUUUAACAAAUAUAUAUGUAUAUAUAUAUAUAUAGACAGCAGACAGAGGUACACAUGUAAAUCUGAAUACAAGUCACAUUGUUCAUCGUGUCUGUCUGCAUAAUCUUUGCUCGAGUUGCUCUAUUCUGUAUCGUCAGUGUGCUAUCGUCUCUAUUUUCUCAUUUUCAUCAGUCAGAUAAUCAUGUCGAAUGAAGAAGUUGACGAAAACGUCGCCGACUUAGAAAAAUAUGUCGACUAUGUCGAGGACGAUGACGAGGAUCUGGAGUGGUUGGAUAAGCGCGAGCUGAUUCAGUUGGUACAAAGUAACCCGGCUUUGUACGCCAAAUCAAGCAAGGAAUAUUGUGGGAAAGGAUUUGACAAGGAUUUGGCAUGGCAGAGCUUAGGAUCGUGUCUCUCAAGGCCCAUGUCAGGACCAAAGGCUUCCAAACUUUUUUACAAUAUUCGCCAACGUUUUGGGAAAGAAAGGCGACAGGUGGCUGCUUCAUUAAAGGGUAAAUCAGGCCGAGGAGCGAAGGCACCAUACGUGUCUACAUGGCCGUUAUACGAAGACUGUUUGUUUUUGGCAGAUCACAUCGUUGGACGCAAGUAUGUGUUUUGUUUCAUGUGCGUAGUAUACAAAUAUUUUGACAAAACUGAGUCACAUCAUGUUUUGAUCUGUUUUCCAGAACGUCAAGUAGCUACAAUAUUCAGAAGACUGCAGCUGUGACCAAAUUUUAAGCUGGCGGAGCCGCAUCAAGGUUUACCCGGCCCUCUUCCUCACCACCUGCAUUUAGGUCUCUUGCGCGACGACCCUCAUCCUCACCCUCGCCACCUACAUUUAGGUCUCUUGCGCAACGACCCUCACCCACACCCUCGCCACCUGUAUUCAGGUUACCUGAAGCUUCGGGGUCACCGUGGAGCAGUGAAAACGAUUUGUACGAUGACCUUGUCAAUGGAGACAGCGCCAAGAAUUGAAUUAGGAUUUAUGACUGCAUAGGAAUGACUUAACUUAUCUGUCACUGAGGACAGUUGCUUUGUUUGGUUUAUGAUUGCCUGACUGAGCAAAUCGUCAUCUUUCUUCUUCUUAACGGCAAAAUUAUCCGGCGGAGGUAUAAUCCUUUUUUAUUUAAAGCCGGCUUCCUGUAUGGCUUGUAGAACAGCGAUUUCAGAUGGCGAGCUCUGGCUCGCACCUGGCGAGACUAAAGCUUCCUCUUUAAUACGUGAGCUCCGACUAUCUGAAGUAUCAGAUUCAUUUACGGAAAAAAUCAAACAUGAUCAACAAUUAAUUUUAAUUUUCUUUCAUAAUGGCUUAGUUUACACCAACCGUUUGGUACGCGUACCAAACGAUCGGUGUAAUCUAGGUCAAUUAUUACGAAAAAAUUCUGUACUUAGAAACAAAUCGUUUUCACUGCUCCACGGUGACCCCGAAGCUUCAGAUAACCUGAAUACAGGUGGCGAGGGUGUGGGUGAGAGUCGUUGCGCAAGAGACCUAAAUGUAGGUGGCGAGGGUGUGGGUGAGGGUCGUUGCGCAAGAGUGCAAGUGUGCCUGUUGAAAGGCACCUGGAGUGCAUAAUGGAAUUAUUGUCUAUUAUCAAUGAAAAAUAUGUUAAGAAUCGACAAAAGUAAUUCCAUUAUUAUAUUGUCAUUUUCAUAUUGUCAUCAAAUUAAUUCAUAAAUUAAUACUAAUCUAUCAAUAUUGGAGUUUAAUUUUGCGGGCAUGCUUAUAAAAAUAUAGAUUAAGGUUAUGAACUAUUCUUAUAAUAAUGUAUCUUUCCGACCUUCAUCGAAAGCGAUAAGGAAUGUAUUAAAAAUGUUUUAAUUAUACAUGUAUAGGUAAUACUAA